AUGAAGAGCAGCGUGGUGGAAGAAGAGCGAGCGGCGAUCGAGGCGCUCAUUGGCAAGUUCAAGAGCGCGGAGAUUAUUCAGCUUCUUUGGAAAGGAUUCGGCGCAAUCUACCGGGUCCAAAAAGAAGAUGGCAGCACAGUGAUUUUGAAGCAUUUCAAUUUCGCGCACGAAACUGAGCCCGAAGAUGAUCCAAUGCCGAACGAGACGCGUUUCUUGUCAUUCAAGCGUGAAAUAAGUUUUUACGAAGAACUGGCCAACUUGUCCCUAUCUGCCAAAGUGCCGCGGUACAUCGCCAGCAAAGAUAUCAAGAGCGGAAAAGUGAUGGCGAUGGAAGAUUUGGAUCCGAUCGGAUUUCCAGCAAGGUUCAAAAAUCGCUGCAAUCUUUCGUUUGAGCGAGUUAUUCCGAUGGUAAAAUGGCUGGCGAAUUUUCACGCUGAUUUCUGGCGCUGCGAAAAAGCAGAAAAAUUAAUGUGGAAAGAAGCAACCUAUUGGAACAUUGAAAAGCGAAGAGACGAGUUUGAACGAUGCAAGGAGAAGGAAUUGGAUCUGAUCAAGUUGGGAGAAAAAAUUGAUCGGAUCAUUCACGAGGCGAAGCACAAAACUCUGAUCCAUGGGGACGGGAAAGUGGAGAAUUUCUGCUUUUCUGAAGAUGGAAUGGAUGUUGCUGGCAUUGAUUUUCAGUGGAGUGGCAUGGGCGUCGGAACAACUGAUUUGUACUACUUACUGACGUCCUGUUACGAAGAAUUUUCGCGCUACGACGAAAUAGUGGACGAGUACUUCAAAUUCUUCCGAAAAGCGAUGGAAGGAAAGCCAGAAGUGGACGAGAUCGAGCGAGAGUGGCGCUGGCUCUGGCCAUUUAUCGUCGCUGAUUUCGAACGAUUCCUGAUUACUUGGAAUCCGACGCAUUGGAAAAGAAAUGAAUAUUCUGCGCAACAGUCGAAAAUUGCUGUGGAAAUGAUACGAAAUUCCUCGAAUAAUCUUAGUUGA